AAAAACUUAAAUUUACUAUCACUAAACAUGAUGUUGAAUCUAACCUAUGUUUCUUUUGUGAUAGUUUUCUUCUGUCAGAAUUCAUUCAGCGUCGAGUUAAAUGACGACACGGUAAUACCGGUUAUUCAAUCGAUUGUUGAUGAAUUAAAGAACGUAAAGGCAACGUACAGAAUAGAAACUGACCAGCUUAGAAAUGAGGUAUUCACACUACAGAAGGAAAACAAAGAAUUAACAAGCAAAGUCCAGCAGCUGAUUCAGGAUCGAGACAGACAUAAAAAGAUAUGUGACGAGAACAACAACAUUGGCGAGCACAAAGUAAAUUCUGAUCGCAUGUCAGGAAGCAUUACCAUACCGCAACCGCAUCCUGGAACGCUGGGAAAUCAGAAAAGGCAGAUACCCGCGGACGGAAGAGUUGCAUUCACGUCGGUAUUAUCCAAUCAAAUUCCACAUCUUGGUUCACAUCAGACGGUGAUUUUCGACAGCGUAGUUACUAACAUUGGAAAUGCUUAUCACUCGAAUUCUGGCAUCUUUGUUGCUCCAUACAAGGGCGCUUAUGUGUUCACCGUAAAAAUGAAAGUACCGCCACGACACAAGCUCCAUCUAGAGCUAGUUGUAGACGGUAAAGUAGCAUUUGAUCUAGGGAUAGAAAUACCGAGCAGCGAGGACUACGAGUCGGCCAAUGAAGAGUUUAUAAUCGAAGUCAACCAAGGUGCGGACGUAUUUGUUAGGUCCGACGCUAGAGGAGGAGUUUUGUACGGGUAUAGGCGAUCCGUAUUUUCAGGGUUUUUGCUUUUUGAAACUGAAUAGAAUAAAAAAAAUGACAUA